AUGGACGACACUGUUCCUGACACCCCUGUCAGUAACAGAAAAAUCGUUCACAGCACUCCUGGAGGCAUGGACGAAGAUGGGGAAUAUGAGACGAUCGCCACACUCCCUGUGAAUCCUGCGCAGAACACAUUGCUUGCAACACAAUCAAUGACACCCUCCUCGCAGCGACUGACUCAACCUACGCAAAUUGUGGAUGUUCCUUAUACAUCAAAAGGCAGUUCUGUCGUGCAGGUUGCAGCUUCUUCUCCUCUAAGACCCGCUUCAUCCCCUUCACGCCCUUCCCCAGCCGGGCCUGGUCGCCUUUCCAGCUUGAUGGCGCCCAGCGGUACGCGAUUUUGCCCUCCCGCGAAGCGUGCGCCAUUGAUUGAUCUAGAAGACGAUGGUCCAACUUAUCGAGGAGGCUCCUCAGAUGACGAUAUCCAGAUGAGCACAGACAUAAAGCCCGCUACGUUCACGUCAAGAAACCCGGAAAAGAGCACAGCGAUUGACAGAUUCAAAGAGAUCACUUCUUCUGCUAUCUACGAUCCUUCGAGCACCAAGCGCGCCGCCUCGCAGAUGGAUCCUACCCCAAAGGGCGUCGCCGUCAAAAGGGUUCGCCAGGAGGGACCUUCACGCGCUCAACCGGUCGACACACAAUCAUUGUCGUUGCAGGAUAUUGAUGACUAUCAAGUACGGAUAAAAGUGGAGAGAAUGUUAAAGGUUCUCCCGCGAAAAUCAGUACACGACUGCGUGCAGGCUCUUCUAGCAAAGAAAGGAAGUUAUGAAGAUGCUCUAGAAUGCCUAGCCAGCACCGAGGAUCAAAAUGGCCAUGCUGACUCUUCAGAGGAUGAGCUAAGCACGAUUAAGAAGACGUCGCCAGUGGCCCCAGCGAAGCAAAAUAUCAAGGCCCGGGGGAGAAUCCAGGAUAAAUGGACGGCACCAAACCUGCCGAAAAGUACAUUACAAAAGCAGCCAGAAGAGGAUUCAAGACCGCGGAAACGGUUGAUUCGAGGACCAAAAACCCGGGUGUCCCCGAUACCGUCAAGCCCCACUCAGAACGAAACACCUCCAAAGAAGAGCUUCGGUCGGCUGGUCCAAGGGCGCAGGCGCCCUUCACCUACACGAUCAGAGUCUCCUGAGGCUCCUCUUGUGACCUCCGAUGAUUCUGACUCUGCAUUUGAUGCGCAAGAUGGCGCGGAUCUGGAGACGAAAGUUCUUGGUUUCUUUAACGGAUGCACCGCACCGGCUCUUGCGGACCUAGCCGCGAUUACUGAGGACCUUGCUGAGUACAUAAUUGCAAGGCGGCCAUUCUCAUCCCUUGAUGAAGUCCGCGUGAUUCCUGCUCCGGAAACCGAACAAACUGCAACCAAGACUGGAAGGAAACGCAAGGCACCCAAGCCGGUCGGAGACCGUAUCGUUGACAAAUGUCUUGAUAUGUGGGUAGGCUACGAAGCCGUGGAUUCGUUAGUCGCUCGAUGCGAGGCGCUAGGAAAGCCGGUUGCGACCGAGAUGAAGAAAUGGGGAGUUGACAUAUUUGGCAAGCGAGAGGGUGAACUGGACCUAGUUUCGAUGGAGCCUUCAGGAUCUCACGACUCUGGUAUAGGAACUCCCGCUAGUCAACCAUCUGAUGAAGAUAGUGAUGGUCCUGGGUCAAGGUCUCGAAAAGCUCGGUUCAUUUCGCAGCCUGGAAUAAUGGCUGAGGAUCUCAAAAUGAAGAAUUAUCAGAUUGUUGGUAUUAACUGGCUGUCUUUGCUUUUUGAGAAUGAACUAAGCUGCAUUCUGGCCGAUGAUAUGGGUCUCGGAAAGACCUGCCAGGUGAUAGCGUUUCUGGCCCACCUAUAUGAGAAAGGAAUCAAAGGACCGCAUCUUGUUGUUGUGCCGUCAUCAACCAUUGAGAACUGGCUUCGAGAGUUUCAAAAGUUUUGUCCCACUCUGUCCGUGAUGCCAUACUAUGCCGACCAAAAUGUGCGGGCCCAGAUUCGGGAACAGAUCGAAGGAAACAGAGACGACAUCAAUGUCGUUAUAACGACCUAUACUAUUGCAAAGGGCAAGGUUGAUGCGCACUUCUUACGCAACAUGGACUUUUGCGCAUGUGUCUACGAUGAAGGGCACAUGCUUAAGAGCAGCACAUCGGUUCUGUACGAAAAGCUGAUCAGGAUCCGUGCUCGUUUCAGGCUUCUUCUGACAGGAACGCCGCUUCAGAACAACCUGCAAGAACUUGCCUCCUUAUUGGGGUUUAUCCUCCCUAAGGUCUUUCAAGAGCGAAAGGAUGAUCUACAGUACAUAUUCUCGAACAAAGCAAAAACGGUUGAUGAAUCCCAUUCCGCACUGCUUUCUGCGCAGAGGAUCGAAAGGGCAAAAUCCAUGCUGAAACCGUUCGUUCUACGGCGAAAGAAGCACCAAGUUAUUGAUUUGCCUGCAAAGAUCUCGCGCGUUGAGUACUGUGAAAUGAACGCUGCCCAGCGGGAGAUAUACGAACAUGAGAAGAACGAAGUAAAGAAGCUCUUGGAAGACAGAGCAGCCGGCAAAAAGACGGGCAACAAGUCCGCGAACAUCCUCAUGAAACUCCGUCAAGCAGCCAUUCACCCACUCCUUCACCGACGCCACUACAACGACAAAAUUUUAACCAAGAUGUCCAAAGCUUGUCUGCAAGAAGAGAAAUGGGCCGAAUCCGACCCAAAACUCAUCUACGAAGAUUUACAACCCUACAAUGACUUUGAGUGCCAUCAACUCUGUGUGGAAAACCCCAAAUCCCUUGGCAAAUUCGCUCUCAAGAAUAAUGAGUGGAUGGAUUCCGGAAAGGUCGACAAACUCUGCGAACUCCUUCGCCGCUUCAAAGAAAACGGCGACCGCGUUCUUGUCUUCUCCCAGUUCCGUUUGGCAAUGGAUAUUCUUGAAGUUGUCCUCGAAAAUCAACAUCUCAAGUUUGUUCGUCUUGAUGGAACGACCAGCGUCGAAGACCGCCAAUCCAUUAUGGACACCUUCCAUGAGAACACGGACAUCCCGGUCUUUUUGCUCUCCACUAAAGCUGGCGGCGCCGGGAUCAACCUUGCCUGCGCUAAUAAGGUCAUCAUCUUCGACUCCAGCUUUAACCCGCAGGAAGACGUGCAAGCUGAGAACCGCGCUCAUCGUGUUGGUCAGACGCGUGAGGUCGAGGUUAUCCGUCUUGUGACGAAAGAUACGAUCGAAGAGCAGAUCUAUGCUCUUGGCCAGACGAAACUGGCUCUUGACCAGGCUGUUGCCGGAGAGGAUGGGGCUGAUUCGAAGAAAUCCGAGGAAGCCGGGAUCAAGGCCGUUGAAGAGAUGUUUACUGCGGAGAUUACCCAAAAGGAGAGGUCUACUUAA